AUGAGUAGUGGCAAUCACAAUGGCACCAAUUGCGCGUUAACAAUCCCUCCGCCCCCGAAGGAAGGUGAGAAGAAGGGAGAUAUUUUGCUGGGCUGCUAUUUGGAGAGCGCCGAAAGCGGAACCUUGUUUGCUCGAAUCAAUCUCUCUAAUAGGAUUUGGCUUGGCGACAAUGGCGCUCUCAACUGCUUCGACAACUAUGGCACAGCCUCCCCCCUUUGA